AUGGACUUCAAGAUUUAACAAUACAAGCAAUAAUGUCUCGACCAUUGCAACUUACUCCUUUAAAUGAUUUGCGAUAAUGGCCACUGGAAUAAAUUUGAAGAUAUUGAAGUGAUCGAUUAAUCUUAUUACGACAUUUACAACCAAGAAGCUUGGGAUAUUUACAUCUUCCAAAAUUGUGGUCUCUCUGAAUAAUAAAGCAAAUUUAGAAGAUGCAAACUUGGUAAUGAAGGUAUUAAUGACUCUCCUUCUAACUUCGCUUCUGUCAAUGAGCUUUUCCAUUAUAUAAUUGGCAUGAAGAGAAACAUAGAAAACAUGCAAAACCAACAUGAUUGCUACUCUGAAGGCAGCUCAGACCAUAUCUUCUGA